AUGAGGGGAUGGGGGGAUGAGGUUUGGAGAGAUGAGGUAUAUGGAGUUCAAAUCCUGUGGAAAGGAAGACAAAAGACCGGGGAAGAAAACGAAAAGUUGAGGAAGUUAUGGGAAUGUACUAGGAACGGAAAAGAAUACGAAGCAAAGAUUGGAGUUUAUCAACUAGGGAGACAAGGAAAAUGUGGUAUGGGGGCUAGGGAGAGGCGUUUGAAUUGA